UGUCACACCUGUAACUGUCACGCGCUCCUCCGUAAACGCUACGAUGCCGGAGAAGGUCGUAGAGACAGCAUAUCCCGUCAUUGACACUGACCCUCAUGCAUACCGGGUCGUGAGAUACAUGCGCCCCUCCGACUACGGUGCCUGGGCCGCCGUUACCGCUGCUUUUCCGGCCGCCUUUUUCGCUUGGGAGAUGGCGGACCCAUCCUCAAUGACACAGAAACAAUUGAGAUUAGGCAUGCGCGGAGCUGGUAUUCUUGGUCUGUUCGGUGGAUUCUUGUUAGCAUACCAGCGGUCCAGCCUCCGCUUCUUCGGAAUGUCCGAGAAUAAACGGGAGGAAGAGCUGGAUUUGCAGGAACUGACGCAACGCGCGAAGGAAGGAAAGUCGUUGUACGGGGAAUCUCCUCAGCCUCAAUGGGUCCAAAAUGCUGCCCAUCAGAACUCCGUAUGGUCGCAGUUUAAAUUUUCUGCUAUUCCCAUGUUCAACUUGGUCAAUCAUCCUUACCAUGGUACCGAUCCUGCAAAGUAUGGUGUAACGACAGAAGACACUACGUCAAAGUGAACAGCAAACAACACGAUGGAAUGAUCCUAAUGAUAGCGUAGAACAGCUGUAGUGGCGCCUCUCGACUCGCUUAUAUGCAUCUGGAAUUCAAAUCGGAAUAACUUGGAAAAAUGUUGAA